UCGCAUACUAAAACCCUACCCCUAAAAUCCUUCGGGCUCAGAUCCAUUUUGGCUUUCCUCCCCAGCCUCUUUCCCAAAUCAAACACUUCAUUCAUGGAAGCAGUUCUGAAGCCAUGCCAUCGCCACCUCAUUUGUUAAUCGCUAGGGAAGAUUGGAAGCAAUUCUUAUCCUGCUUACCUGCUUCAUCAUAAUCUGCAUUUCCAUCAUGAUAGCCUUCUCGAGGGGCCUCAUUUCUCGCCUGCGAAUUUUCACCGUCAAUCCGACUGUAACAUCAACGGCAGCAGGGGCGCCAACAUCAUUGCCGCACCGGUUUUUGAGGGGCUUCUGCUCGGAGUUAUUGGUUGAUUCGAGCGCGAGAGAGGCACGGAUUAUUGAAGCAAAGCCAAAGGUGAUGACCCCGGGUUCUAAACGAACUGGGGUUAUCGCUGUCAAGUGUGGAAUGACUGCUCUUUGGAAUAAAUGGGGCGCGAGAGUUCCCAUCAGCAUACUCUGGGUCGAUGACAAUGUUGUGACACAGGUCAAGACCCCGGAGAAAGAAGAUAUUUUUGCUCUCCAGAUUGGUUGUGGACAGAAGAAAGAAAAGCAUUUGAGUAAGCCUGAAGUUGGUCAUUUUAGAGCUCAGGGAGUUCCAAUGAAAAGGAAACUUAGGGAGUUUCCAGUGACAGAGGAUGCACUUCUUCCUGUGGGUACACCAAUUGGUGUCCGCCAUUUUGUUCCUGGUCAAUUUGUUGAUGUAACAGGAAUCACAAGAGGUAAAGGUUUUCAGGGUGUCAUGAAAAGGCAUAAUUUUAAGGGCAUGCCAGCAUCUCACGGUGCAUCAUUAUCACAUCGAAGUGGUGGUUCCACAGGUCAAAGGGAUGCUCCUGGAAAGGUGUUUAAAGGUAAGAAGAUGGCUGGGCGAAUGGGUGGAAAGCAGAGAACAGUUAAAAAUGUAUGGGUCUACAAAAUAGACCCUUCAAGGAAUUUGAUAUGGGUUCAAGGCCAGGUACCAGGAGCUGAAGGGAACUUUGUUUUCAUAAAAGACGCGGUCUAUAAAAAACCUGAUGAAUCACUCCUUCCUUUCCCAACUUAUUUUGCUCCUGAAGAUGAAGAUGAAGCAAGCUUAGAGCCUCUGGUUGCUGAUCUUGGUGAUGUGGAUCCAUUUAUGGUUACAGAUUAAAGUGCAAAAAUAAUUUUCCUUUGAUUUUAGAUGUAUUUUGUUCUGGAUUGUGAGAUUUUGUGGAUACUAUUUGAGGAUGGAUGACUUUGGCCCUUUUUUAUUCCUGGGGUUAUAGCAUUGAUGCUUUAGAGUAGCUUUUACCUCCUUGAUCUUAAAGUUAACCCUCUUAAACAUACAUUUAAUGAAUUCUUCUUGAAAUAAGUGUGAACUUUGUUGAAACCUUGGACCUCAGGUCGUGCUUGACUA